AUGUGGCAUACAAAGACAAAAUGUGAUGAAACAGGUCGUUCACCUGAGCCAGAGGAAAAGCUCCCUCCAUUUCCUUAUUUGUUGAGUGAUCAAGACCAGGUUUAUGAGUAAACACGGUGUUAGGAAUCUUACUCUUAGGCGCUUGCAACAACCUUUUUUACCAAUUCACCAGGGUAUCGCUCCUCAAGAGAAUUAAGUCCCUCAAUGUCUUCCAGACAUUCCAAAAGUUCAUGAGGCACUCUUUGAUAUAGAUGAAAUUUGAUUUUUAAACCAUACUGAUUUAGUUCCCUUUUUAUAUAACAUGUACUUCUGGACUUAAAGGAAGCUCAAGCUUUGGAAAGGAGAACAGUCUUUUAGGGUAAACAGCUGAAUGGAUUGAUCAACACAACUAUAGACUCACUACCUCCAAUUUUGGUAAAGUCUUUUUCAGCGUUCAAAAGCCAUAUGAAUCGAUGCUAAAAAGUAUGUUUGACACAAAAGAUUUGGCCAAUGUGAAAGCUAUUUCACAUGGCAAAGCAAAAGAGAAAAUUUAAACUUGCGAGAACAAUUAAUGUCAGAAAUUGCUUAGCAAGUACCCGUUUUUAUGAUAUUUGAUGCUAGACUAUCAGGUCAUCCAACGUACCCAUAUCUUAGAAAAGGCUCUGGAAAGGUGUUUGACCCAUCCACAGAUUCUCAAUAUGGUUUCCUUGAAAUAAAGUUUCGAAAAAAGGGAAACAUUAGAGCAAGCAGGUGCUGA